GUAAACUGUAAUGUUGUUGUAAUAUGGGAAAAACUUUGUAAUUAGGUAUUUAUAAAUGCGAAAGCAAUCAAAGAAUUUAAAACAUUGUCUUGGCUACUUGAAGCUUUCUUUAUUUCAUUAAUGCACUAUAUUGCUGAAUAAAUCAAAAUGAGUAACAUUUAUAUACAAGAACCGCCUGCACUAGGCAAGGUUUUGCUUAAAACAACUGCAGGAGACAUAGAUAUUGAGUUGUGGACUAAAGAAACGCCCAAGGCAUCAAGGAAUUUUAUACAGCUAUGUUUAGAGGGAUAUUACAAUGGCACAAUAUUCCACCGAGUGGUCCCAGGGUUCAUUGUACAGGGCGGUGACCCAAAUGGUGACGGAACUGGUGGUGACUCAAUAUAUGGAGCUCCUUUCAAGGAUGAGUUCCAUUCUAGGCUCCGUUUCAACCGCCGAGGGUUGGUGGCCAUGGCCAAUGCUGGCAAAGACGACAAUGGAUCUCAGUUCUUUUUCACAUUAGGUGCCACACCUGAAUUGCAAAACAAACAUACAAUAUUUGGAAAAGUAAUUGGUGACUCGAUCUACAAUGUCCUCAAACUGACAGAGGGUCUGAUUGGGCCGGAUGAUAGACCAGAGCACCCUCACAAGAUCACCAGCACUGAGGUCCUCAUCAACCCAUUUACAGACAUUGUUCCAAGGGUCACACAGGUGGUACAGGAGGAGCAGCCAAAGAAAAAAAAGAAGGAAAGACAGGGUGUUAAAAACUUCGGCCUCCUGUCGUUCGGCUCGGAGGCGGAGGAGGACGAGGGCGAGGCGCUGGAGUACCGUGGCAAGCCCAAGUCCACGCACGACCUGUUGCAGGACCCCAAGCUUAGCAACAAGACGGCCGCCGAAUUAGAAUUAGAACAGCAGAAUAUUGAUAAUGAGACGUUAAGCAAAGAGGACCAAGAGAAGAAAGAACAGACUGCAGCAGCAGUCAGUAGUAUACGAGAUAAGUUGAGCGGUAGAAAAAGAGACAAGAGUCCGGAAGAGGACAGAGAAGACACUAAAAAGAAGAAAGAGGAUAGUGAGUCAGAAGAAGAAUACUAUUUAGGGAAAGAAAGAGAUAUACAACGACAGAAAGAGAGAGAUCGCAUUAGAAAUGAAAUAAAACAAUUGAAGAGAGAAAUGAAAGGCAACAAAGAAGCUGCUCAGGAGGAAGAGGAAAAAGAAGAGAACAGCGGGACCAAGAAGUUGGAAGAAGAGAACGAGAUGUAUAAAGCGUUUGUCGAAGAACAAGAAAAGUAUAAGAAGAUGAAAGAGAAGAUACCGAAGAAAGGAGCAGCCAGAGAAGACUUCACACUACAACUGCUGGCUAAAUUCAAGAACAAAUUGCACGCUAUAAAGGAGAAGAAGGAGAACCAAGAUGGCGCCGAAGCCGAAGCUGACAAGAAGGAUGAUGAUGAUGAUGACGACGUCAAUAACGACAAUUGGUUGGGUCACACUCUCCGCUUCGAAGACAAAGGCGCAGUCCUGGCUAAGGACGCGUCGACGAAGGGCGACGACUGGUUCGACAUAUACGACCCGCGGAACCCCAUCAAUAAGAGAAAGAGAGAGAAGUCCAGUAAGAAGAAUUGUUUCGAACGAGUGUCGAUCGGCGAGCAGCUAUGUGUUGACGCCAUCUACCGGAACGCGCCGGAACUGGGCACAAAGGAGUGCGAGCAACUCUGCAAGCAAGACACACAGUGCCAGACCUACGAUUAUGGAGUCGGCGCAAAAGGCAACGCAUCGUGUAAUCUAAGCAAGAUGAAUCUUACGGAACUCCGUGACGGUAAAAUGCUUCAGAAGCACUCUGACUACGACGUCUACGUACGGCAAGUUCAGUGCGAUCAUAAACCACUACUAACAAACCAGCAACAGACAGACAACCCUCAAAACCGUCCGAUGGGAACAGAGGAUGCGGAAAGGAAACCACUGGCAGACGAUCUUAACCCACACGAAACAACAGGGCCAGCUAGUGCCAGACCAUUCCCGUCAAAUACGAGACCUGGUUACGAUAGCGAAAGACCAGACGAUUACGACAGCUACAAACCAUCAUUCGAUGGGCCACCGUCAUACGGAAUGCACCGUCCUCAAGAGAUACCUUAUCGACCUGAAACCACCAGUUUUCACCGACCAACCCAAAACGACGAGAUGAAUUUCCAGUCCCGACCGAGUUGGAGACCACCUCGACCGAACGAUAAGAUACCAGAUAUUUAUAGACCCAACCCGUACCCUGAGUACGUUCCUGAAGUACCCCAAUAUGUCUACAUCGAGAGGCCUCAUAGGCGUCAACAAAAGCCUUCAAGUUGCAGCCAGAAUAAACCGCAGGAAUCUCUAUCUGAUCCUGCAAAUUCUGAUCGACCUAUCAGACCUGAAACACCAGAUAGGCCAACCAGACCGUAUCAACCAAGUUAUGAAAAACCUAUAGGACCACCAGAACGACCAGCUAGACCAAGCAGGCCGUAUCAACCGAGUUACUCAGGCCAAUACGCCAGCAACUAUGGUUCAUCUCAUGAUAACUCCAUAUACCUUGAAAUCAUCGAUCCACCGAGACCAAUCAGACCUAUAGUAGACGAAAAUCCUCAAAGGCCGCCUAAUUACUACUAUAAUCACGACUCUGGAUAUGGCCAGGAAGGUUUUGAUUAUUCGAGUCAAAACUACCAAGCACAACAAAGUGAUUCCCAGGACUAUUGGAAUAGUGGCUACCAGUAUAAACCUGCAAGGCCAUACAGAAACCCAUCUUUAGAUCAUGGCCCGAACUACGAGUAUGACGAAAGAUAUCGACCUGCUCGACCUAUUAGACCAAUAGAGUAUGGCCAUGAUUACAACCAAGCCUCGUACAGCGAAAGCCAUUCUAGUCAGAACUACGCUAGCAGCCAUGGUUACUAUGGUGGAAAUUAUGGUGAGGAGUAUAACCGCCGUCCCGGCCAACAAGUCAAUAAAAACCAAAGUAAUGUCGAUAGACUGUCAGACGUGAGUCAAGGUCACACAUACAGUCAAGGAGGCUAUGGAUCACAGAACGGUAAUCGCUAUUCUGACUACGGAGGCCAAUCGGUAGAAGAAAUAAACAAAUAUAACUACGAGCAUGGUAUAUACGGCACCCAUCUUGGGUAUGGCACGCAUCAUUUGUAUGGCAUCACUCCGGGGAUGUAUGGACCGACUUAUGUUAAUGACAGAAAUGAUAGGCCAAUGAAUGAUAGACCCUAUGGGGGGCGGCCUUACCAAGACUACGACAGGCGUCCGUACGGACAAGGAACCGAAUUGAAACCUAGACCAGUAGAAAAUCCGGAUCGGAAACCUAGUAAUCCAAUAGAUAAUAGAAACCAUACGAAUAGUUCUGUACAUAAUAAUUCUAGCAGACCAGACGUGAGGCCUGUGUAUGAGCAAGACGGAGAUAGGCCAUACAACGUCCCUAGCUAUUUAGUCACUUCUAACGGGAAUGUGGUAACUUCAAAGCCGGUGGCAGUCGCUGACUUCGGCUCGCGGCCAGGGUAUAGGCAAGAAGAGGCAACAUACGAAGCAUGCUUUCGUCGAGUCCUGGCCGGUAAAAGGGCUCUUAGAAGUCACGUCAGAAGAGUCAUAGACUGUGAAAGGCUUGAAGAUUGUAGAAGAGAGUGCGCCACUGAAAAAAGGUUUCCAUGCGAAAGCUUUAACUACAGAUUGGACCCGUCGUUUCGGGGGAAAGGUCUCUGCGAGUUGAUGACAAAGCCGAUAGAAGCUUUCGAUCUUCGCACAGAUUUCGUCGACGACAAAGAUUACGAUUUCUACGAACUCGACCGUAACAGCUUGGAACCUUACUGCCCCAAUACGCUAAGAGGCCCGGGGCUCUUGCACUCUGGCUACCUGUCUUCCAAACCUGAGAAAGGAUCGUAUAAGAACGACUAUGGAGAUAGAAGUUGGAGUAGCGAGUAUGACCAAAGUAGCUAUAGGGGGUACAAAAGGCGUUACGACAACCAAAUCAUACCAUACCAAAUCGGCAUACCAAACGAACGCGAUAGGACUAAAUACAGCGACUACGGUAGCUACGGCGGCUAUAACAGCUACUACAAGGAUAGAAACGACUACCACAAAUCUAUGAACUACUGGAGCAUUGAAGAAGACAGGCCCUACUAUGGAGUGAAACCGUAUACUGAGGCUCAGGACUUCGACUAUUAUAGUUUAGGCAAGAAGAAUUGGAGGAACCAUGAGUAUGGCUACGGAACGUGGAAUGCUUGGAACAAUUCGGAGUACGCUUCGAGCUACGAUCGAGUUGGUACUCGACCGAGUUACGAUCGACCAUAUUAUGAGGCGCCGUACUAUGUUGAAGCUGAGGGCAGAAGCGAUGAGCCUGAUGAAGACUGCCUUUCCCGUCGGCACGCGGGCAUGUCUCUAGGAGUGGCGGCUAUCAAGCGGGCGCUGCACGUCCACAAUGUGCUUGGGUGUGAAGCCGCCUGCUUCUCGGAGACCAGCUUCAAAUGCGUCUCUUAUAGCUUCAAGUAUUCUACCCCCGUCGGCGCCGACAACUGCUUCCUCAGCGAGCGGCCAUACACCGGGCUGGUGAUGUCGGCUGACAGCGCGUCUGACGUGUAUGCGAUGCCGGAACAUAUUUGUAGCGCUGUCAGCACCAAGCCUUGGGUUGAGAGUGAAUGCUUCUGGCACGUCCGCUCCGGUACGGCCGUAGCCGGUUACGCUGUGAAGGCGGCGCUUACCGUGACAGGCCUCGGCGCGUGCGAGGCGGAAUGUAUCAGAGCUGCCGGCUUCUUCUGUCGAGGGUUUAGUUUUAGAUUCGACAGCCCAACAAUUGGUGACGACCUAGAGAACUGCCUUCUAACAUCAACACCGCCUACGUCACUGGAGACGGGCAGCGGUCUCCGGCCUAACGCAGGGCACGAGUUGUACGCGCGAGGCAACUAUGGCCGCGGCUGCGAACCCGUGUACGACGAUAUGAGCAGGAAAGAGUCUGAAUGCUACCUGCAAUACGACAGCUCGGCGCGUCUACGUACGGGUGCGGUAUCGGGGCGGGCGCGCACACACUCCCGCGCGGACUGCGCCGCCGCCUGUGCGGGCGCGCCAUUCCACUGCCGCAGUUUCAGCUACAGUGAAAAGACGCCACCAGCUUUGGACAACUGUCUUCUGUCUCAAAUUCGCCUAUCGGAUCUACAAAAAGGAGUCGACUAUGAAUACUUCAGAGGCUCUCUGCUGUUUUCUUUCGACAUAUUUAAUGGGCGAUGUAUGAAGAAAAUUCAUCCAAAAGGAUUCAGACCUUCAGUACCGAUACCCGAAAUUCCGCAUCCACCUCUGGACUCUCCUUACGAAAUCACGUACCCAGGCACCGGACCUGAAGAUGAACCGCCUCCCUCAGAAGUAUACAUAUCUGGUCCACCGAGCGGCCCAACCGGCGUUGAGUAUCCACCCGUCCUCAGAUCUAGACCAAGCUACCCUAAACCGAGCACUAUAUUAAGACCUGUUUAUGUUGAGGAAUAUCCCAGUGGUCCUCCCAGCGGUCCUCCCAGCGGACCAAUCGGCCCAAGUGGAGGAGGACCAGUCAUAUACGAUGACGUGGAGCCCAGUGGUCCUAUAGGACCGCCAGUCGGUCCUUCGAGCUAUGCUGGUCCUUCGAGCUAUGUUGGUUCUUCGAGCUACCCCGGUAUACCUUCGGAUAUCAGGCAUAGGAAUUCUGGUUAUUUACCAUCUCCAGAUUACGAUACGGGCUUCAAACCCAGUUUCCCUCCCAAGGUCAGGCCGAGUUAUGGACCCUACCCGAACGAUAUUGAUCAUGGGUAUAAGCCAGGGUAUGCCGGCCAGUCCUCGUACAGCCCGAGACCAUACGGAAAGUAUGAUUAUGGUUCCUACAGGCCGACCAAACCAAAAACUCCAGUGUACGAAGAUGACGAAACAUUGGUAUCUUGGCAGCACUACACAGUAUCCGGAUUUCCGUGCAGGAAAGGAACAGUUUGCGCCCAAAACGUUAUCACCAAGCAUUGGGCGUGCGAGCCGGAAGGCGGAGAAAUUGGUGCUUGGGACUACUGUUGCGCGCCCUCCCACCGCUGCGGCUACAGUGAAGGGUUUCAGAAGCCUUGGUGCUACGUCGGUUCUACCAAGGAGCAAUGGCGGCCGUGCAGCGAAAAGUAUUACCCAUACCAUCGCUCCAUCGCGCCGGCACAGCAAUAUGACAGAGAGGCAAUUCGCCCUCGGCCAGACCAACCCAGUGACAAGAAUAGCUACGUCUCCGACGCUACUACUAGAUACCAGUCGUACCUUCCCGAAGCCGAUAAGAAGUAUUGGGAUGAUCUCUAUGAAAACGGCCCCAGAGCAUACUAUGACGCUUAUGGAAAUCCUUUACCAGGUUAUUCUCGCGUUCCAAUGGAAGAGACUUCUCAUGUAAAGUAUCAGAGGAAUACACCCAGACCUAAUUCCGGAAAUUGGGUCAAAGUGGAGCAAGAAGAUGAUAUUCCACAGAAAGGAUUGGGAGCCCCCAGGUACUGGCCUGUGGCAUACCUACAUAAAGGCCCACCACCCAACAUGACCUACUUUAAAUACAAUGAAACGACAACAACUGAAAAAUAUCUUCCAACUCCUGUCCACACCGAAAGCGUUAGAAUUGAAAGAACAACGGAAAAUUAUUCCGAGUCUAGAACUUAUGCUAGAGUUGAUAACGAACAAGAUUUGAGGAAGGAUGAACAGAUAAAUAAACAAGAUAAUAAAUAUAUUUAUGUCAAUAACGCAUCACAAAGCACUCACAAGCCAACUACAACAUCACGUCCCAAUGAAACAAUACUAACAGAAAAUUCAAAUGAUGAAAAUAAUUCAAGUACAAUAAAAAAUGUGUACAUUUCUCCCGAACAAUUCCGAGCAAACAAUGAUAACUCAAAAGGCAUAGACGACAAACUAAUUGACUUCUCGAAAUCCAUAGAAGUAGUAGAUUUGAACGAUCGAAAGAAUUACAAAACCUUGGAAGCUGAAGAGAAGCAAAUCGAAGCCAUAGGAAGGCUUCUCGCAUCGAGGAGAGCGACCAAGCUAGUUAUACAUAAGAGAUCACAAAACGACUUGGAAUCUAGAAACGUUGUUGCUGACAAGAACACGGAUUUUAACUUUAGAAAUCGUUUCCCGACAUCCAAUGCUGAAAGAAAAGGAGUGAUACAAAAAAUCACCAAAGAAGAAAUAGAAAAAGAAAAACUAUUGAAGGACAAAAGUUUAGAAGUCAGCGAAACGACUUACGUGAGACCACCGAGAGUGUUGAGUACGACAGAAAAUAUACGUAAAGCAAUCAUUAACGGUAAAGUAUAUUAUGACGCAACAAUAAGAGAUCAAAGAGAUCUGUUUUUGAAUUCGACAAGGAAACCAAAAAAUAUCAGUCUCAAUAACAACAAAGCGCCGUCUAUUAUACCUAAUGUUAGCUUGAAGAAGAAUAUCAGAACUAGAAGUCCUAAUCCAGUGAGACGAGUAAAAAGAGUGUACAAGAAGAGAUAUAACCCAGAAGAAGUAAGAAGAAGGCUGCUAGAGCGAGAAAGGAAUAAGCAAAACGUAACAGAUGAAGAGAGCUAAAAUCCGAUUUUAAAUACAUAAGUAAUUAAUAGUUUUGAUACUGCUCUAUAGUGUAUAAGUUUUACAUUGUCAAUUCGACUAAAAAAACUUUUGGUCGAUUUGACGAUGAAGUAGUAUUUUAAAUUACUCUAAAUUAUUUUAAGUUCUGU